AAAAAAAAAAUAAAGAAAAGCAAAACCUAAAACACGAAAGUAAAAAUCACAAAAUAAAAGGGAAAAGAAAAAAAUAUAAAGAAAAGCAAAACUUAAAACACGAAAAAGGUCUAGUGUUUUAAUUGCCGUUGGAGUGAAUAAAAUAACAAUAUCGAGUAAGUGGUUUUAAGGUUUUAGAUAGUGAGAAAAGAAAGAGCUCAAGAAACACAUAAACACAAACAAUGACUGCGAAGAAGAAUAAACUUGAGAACUUGCUUUCUCCUUCAUCUUCAUGGCGGGAAAACCAUAAUCCUCCUCGGAGAAACUCAAACUCCUCUGUCGUUUCCUCUGGCUGCCUCCCGGGAUUCUUCAACCUCUUUCUAUCAACCUUCAACUUCUCCUCCAACCGCCGCAAAUCCAUCACUUUAGGCUCAAAGAAACAAGAACAUAGAACAGUCGUCUACGCUCCUCCGGAAGACACAACAAAUGGAGACGGUAGAGGGAAGGUCGAGCCGCCGCUUCCACGCAACGAAGGAGUGGAGGAAGAUGCAGCGAGGGUGAGUCUUGUCGGAGCGUUAGAGAAAUGUGACCGGGACUUAGAGGAGCUCCGGAGAACCAUCAACGUCAUCAAAACCACUUACCUUCUUCACAAGAAACUUGAGGUUUCACCACCAAAGGCGCGUACCGGAGAUGUCGUCGUGGGGAUGCAAACAAAUAAUAACACGAAGACGACAAUACACGAAACAGACACGAACACAACAAUGUUCUCGACGAUGAUGAACGAUCACGAGUACAAAGGCAACAACAUUAAUCUAGUCACUAAACCCGAUCAUAAUGACGUCAUUUCCAAGAGAACGAUAGAUACACGUUGCACAUUGCCACUUGUGGUGCGGAAGAUGAGAUCACGGAGCUUGAUGGACAGCGUGAACCAGGUUUGUGAUGACUUGGUAUCUGGUCAACGAAGAGAGGUUGGUAAGAUCGGUUUGGCCCUUCAUGACCACAUCUGUCGGGAUUUAAUCACAGAGAUCGUUGGCGAGCUCUGCUUCUCCCACUACGACAACAACAAGUGUCAUAAACCAGCGGUUGAUUCUGCUGAUGGUCAUGACAAAGGAAGUGGACGCCGACACAUCCGACGUGGUAGUACCAACUCACUCCCGCUCGACGCAUGUCGAAGAAGAUUAGUGUUUUGAUGUGGUUGAUCAUAACAUAGUCGCGACAGUUUUCACCUAUGACGCAUGUUGUAGCUCUUUUAUUAUAACUUUUUGUAUUAAUAAUCAAAGACGAACAUUUCACAAGGGGCAAAUCUCCAAAAUAGCACCUUUCUAAAUUUAUAUCACAAAAAUAGCACUCAAAAACUAAAAUGACCAAAAUAGCAUUUUAUCUUUUGAAAAAUUUAAAUUUUUUUAUUUUUCAAAAUUUAAAAUCUUAUCCCCAAAACUUCAAUUCUCAACUCUAAACCCUAAAACCUAAACUCUAAACCCUAAACCCUAAAUUCUAAACCCUAAACCCUACCACUCGAGUGCUAUUUUUGUGACUUUUGGCCUUGAGUGCUAGUUUGGGAACAAAAACUUGAUUUAGUGCUAUUUUGGUCCUUUUGUCUUUCACAAGGGUGCAAAUGGUUAAAUUUAAUCAUAUAUUUUUUCAGUCGUGAGAUUUCACCGUCUUCGCUAGUGGAUCUCUACACCCGUUCAUUCAGCCCGUAAAUCUAUUAAUGGAGAUGUGUUAAUCUUUGGAAAGUUUAUAAAAUUUAUUUACUAAGCAUAUAUAUUUUUCAUGAUUUGGUUUCAUUCACACAUAUUGUGAAUCAAUUUCUAAUGUAUCACAAUGUUGGGAUUGUGAAAUUUCGUGUUCAGCUCUAUAUUGUCUAAUUAGUACGAUAUUGUCUAUUUUGAAUUUUAGGCAAACCCGCAUAAUUUUAUUUUUGGUUUCUUUCCCAGAAUACUUCGUACUAAUUAGAAUUAGAUAUCUCUUUAUAUAUAAGACAUUCAUUCGCCCAACUUCCAAUUUGUAACUUUAUUCCAUAUCUCACACACCCAUCAUUCACUAUUACCGUUUAACCAUAUUUAAUUAUGACUUUUUCCAAUAAACAACCAAAACUAAAUAUAAUUUGAGAACAUAGAUAACAUUUGCAGUUGAACAAAAAAAAAAAAACAUUUGCAUAUGCACUACCAUUAAUUAGUAAGUCUAUUGGAAUGUCAAAGUUAUGUAUAUAUAUGAUAUAUACUGAUUAGAUGAAUCAAAUAUAUAUGGUUAUAUGAAAAACAAUUUUUUUAAAGAAAUUGAAUAUGAGGAAUUGAAAACAUUUUACUAGUGAUAGUGAAGUAAACAAAAAAAUAAAAUUGACAAUGAUCAAAAAGGACAAAAACACGAAGUUAGCCAAUCAUAAAUAGACAUAUGGAGGUUAUGCUGACAUGAGAGUCAAUGCUCCGCGUACAGACCGCGUAAACGUGUGAUGCGAUCAUUGUCGUCCACUCUGGCGAGUUUGAAGAAAACCAUUAUUAAUAGCAUUAACUAACUAGUAUCCGUGUCCGGGUUGGAUCCGGAUCCGGGUCAGAGUAAAAGUCGUUAACAGGAUCCGAUAAAGACGGUGUUUCUCUCGUUUCCUCGCUGACACUUCUCUAAUCUCUCUCUUCUUCUUCCCUCGAUUUGAGAGAAAAUAAAAACAAAAAACAGGAAU